UAAAAGACAGUCUGGUUAUAUCCCGAAACGAAUUAUAAUUAUUUCUCUUUGUAUUUUGGCUGGUAUUAUCUGUUAUUCUGAUCGUUCAAAUAUGUCAAUUUCUAUAGUUUAUAUGGCCAAUGAAUUCAAUUGGAAUCAUAAUACACAAGGUCUUGUAUCAUCAUCAUUUUAUUUUGGGUAUAUUUUGACCCAAAUUAUAGGUGGUGCGCUUACUGACAAAUUUGGUGGUAAAAGAAUAUUAGGCAUAGGAAUUGGUGAAGGACCAGUUUAUCCAUGUUUUCAAUCUUUAAUCUCAAAAUGGUUUCCACCUGAAGAACAAACUAGAGCUGUUUCAGCAAUAAAUGUUUCAAAUUUUAUCGGUAUGGCAAUCUCAAUGCCAAUUUCAAAUAUAUUGGGUUCUAGCCAACUUGGCUGGGAAAGUAUUUUUUUAGUAUUUGCAAUUAUUGGUUUCAUUUGGUCCGUUAUUUGGCAUUUUUAUGGGACAAGUGAUCCUAGAGAUUAUUCUAAUAUCAGUAAAGAAGAAUUAGAUUGGAUUUUAAAGAGCAAAUGGACUGUUUAUUCCGAUGAUAAUUUGGGUCAUAAUCAAUCAGGAUUUGACGAUGAUCGUAGCGAAAAUGACAUGUUAUUACCAAAUGAUCAAAUCUCAUCAAGACCACAUUAUGUACACAAGAUUCCUUGGAAAUUCAUACUUUCUCGUCGUGAAGUGUGGGCAAUUAUUCUUGGUCAACUUUUUAAUUCUUGGGGAUUUUUUAUUCUACUUAACUGGCUACCAUUCUUUUAUUACGAAUAUUUCAAUACAGAUAUUAAUCUCGUUGGAUAUUACACUGCUUUACCUUACUUUUCGUACGCCAUAGUAGGUUAUAUAGGCGGUUGUAUCUGUGAUUAUGCAAUUUAUCAAUUAAAAAUUCCUGUUUUAACUGUACGAAGAUCUGCUAAUAUAAUUGGAUGUCUUGGAAUAACAGUAGCUCUUUUAUUUAUGGAUAUUGCACCAAAAUACGCGGGUUUAAUAUUUGCCUUAGGAAAUGCUUGUGCGAUGGUCCAAGCUUUUUUAGGUGUGGCAUUAACAGGUUGGAUAUUAGGAGCUACUGAUAAUAAUUGGAAAAUUGUUUGGUGGUCGUGUUCCUUAUCUUAUAUUUUACAAGCAUCAAUUUUCGUUAGCUGGGCAGGCGGUGAA